AUGCCAUUUGUUAUUCAAGCCUGUUCCCCAGUUGAUUCCCCCGGCCUUGGAGCCGCUAUGAUAAAAUCUCGACUCACAGAUCCCCAUUGGGUCUUCAUGUGGGAAGACAAUGUUCCCGCAGAGGAGAUGAUUUCUCGAUCUACUGACCGUAUACCUUGGAAUCUUGUGAACGGAAGGGAUACCAAGCGACAUGAAAAGGUCAUCGACGACACAACAGGGCAAGUGCUUGGGUACGCACGAUGGCUUCUACCUCCUAAUCUAGCCAAGAGGAAUGAUGUCUGGUUAGAAGCCCAAGCCCAAGAUGGGACGCCAGAAGAACGCGCAACAUAUGAGAAGUUGUCAGACGCAACUAGCAGAAAUGGUCAGCCGAUUGGCUUAAAGGGUGGCGAACAGUCCAGGUAUCGCAAUGCCCCACUGGAGGCUGCUGAUGAACGAGUGACAAAAAAUGAGAACUUCUUGGGUAAAAGCUAUCCCUAUUACCAUUUCCGUGUGAGAAACAUUCAGACUGAUGAUUUAUACUCAGCGCUUGACUAUCUUACGACUCAUCCCGAUUUCUGGCGACAGGGUGUUGGGAGCAUGCUUGUCAAAAGUGGACUGGAUGUCGCCGAUCAGUACGGCCUCAAGACCUAUGUCAUGUCUGAGCCGGCUGCAUUGAAACUAUACCUCAAUUUUGGCUUCCAGCUGAUUGAGACUGUAUCAACUGAUUAUUCCCAAUUUGGAGGAAAGGAGCCCAUGGUGCAUUAUUUUCUGACUCGUGAGCCUGUUACAUAG